GAGGGGGCCCCACCUGGAAAUUGCCUCGUCGGAGGACCCACCCCCGCGGGAGAACGGCAUCACGUCAUUUUUAGACGCGUACACAAUGAUCUCCGAGGACUCCCAUUGAAGACAUGGUUCACAGACUCCAAGGGUAGCAAGGGAGAGAACAGGAGCUCCUCCGAAGGUAAGGUGGCCGUCAUGGGGAUGGAAUUUGAGACAAAGGAAAAGAAGCAAGUAAAUGUUUACUAUGUAAAUGCCCCCGUCUCUUGUGUGGUGGAAGAGAAUUUUGGAGGAUAUUUCCACGAUUAUGAUGUUUCUGCACUGGCAGAAGAUCUUCAAGCUCAGGAAAGUGCCUAUGAAACCUUCCAAAGAAAUGCUCGGAGUGAUACAACAAGAGCUUCCUCAAGCAAUAACUCUAGACAUAAUCAUGAUCAUCUCCCAAGGGAAGCCGAAAGAAAUUCUUCAAAAACUGCAAAUGUUGGGUCACAGCUAGCUAUAGAUGAAGCUCUAGCUAGAGAAUUGCAAGAGUUGGAGAAUCAGCUUGCUGAUACUUCCCUUGGUGGAAUUACUGAAACAGAAGCUGAUGCAAACCCCACACAAUCUUCCUCAGCUAAUUUGGAACGUAAUUCUGCAAGCUUGUCUGUUCAGGUUGCGCAGGAUGAUGUAGACCCAGAUAAUAUGACUUAUGAGGAAUUGCAACGGCUAAGUGAAGCUAUAGGCACGGAAAGCAGAGGAUUAUCUGAUGAGCUUAUAUCCUUUCUUCCAAAUUCAAGAUACAAAAUUGGUUUAUUCUCGAAGAAAGAAAAACAUGAGGAAUGUGUGAUCUGCUAUUUGGCUUAUAAGAACCGAGAUAAAUUGAUCACAUUGCCUUGCCAACAUCAAUAUCAUAAAACCUGUAUCACGAAAUGGUUAAAGAUCAACAAGGCAUGCCCAGUUUGCGGUGCGGAGGUUUUUGGUUCUAAAUGAAUACACAUCAAAUAUGCAAGUGGUUCGUUUAUGUUGGCAUGAAGUAUCUCGAUCCUUUUGGAUGGCACUUGAGCCAUAUCAUGGUGGUGUAGGUUGUUUAAUGUCAUGGGAGUUCCUUAUGCAAUGAUGCAGAAACAUAUCUUGACAUUUAAAAUUUUAUUAUAAGUAACAAAUAGAAAAUGAGGAUCAAAAAUAUGACAUUCAGAUGGGAAAGAUGUUUUCAUGCCAUAGUGAUGGAAUGCUUUUAUUCACUGUAUUAUGUAUCAU